AUGUUCGAGAGUUUAGAAGAGGUGAUUCUCAUGCCUUGGCAUCUUCUUCUGCUCAGGCUUCAGACCUAUGGCCCAGUUAUCCUCUUUCUGAUCCCCACCCCAUUCUCUCUUAUUCUCUGGGACCGCAGGUGUGAAGAUGCACUGCUUCCAUUCUCCACUCCUGAUGCACAUAAAGAACACUCCUUUUGUCUCUCGUGUUUACACUUAUACUCAGUUUCUAGUCAGUUGUGCAGGUAUCCUUUGGUUGGUCACCUACCUGGCCAGACAUGUCACCAGUCCACUCUCAAUAAAAACACAUAA